AUGUCUCCUGAGCCCAAUGACAAGCACUCUCCCCUCACGAGCCCGGAUCGGCUCCGGAAGAUCGAUCAACUCCGUGAAAGGAACAUUGGAGCCUAUCUGCCUCUGCCACAGCUCGUAGCCGUGGGUGAUCAAAGUUCGGGGAAGUCGUCGUUACUGGAGAGCCUGACGGGAAUCCCCUUCCCUCGCGGCCAGGAACUUUGCACCCGAUAUGCUACCCAGAUCACACAUCGCCGCGAGACACAACAACGGAUUGAUAUCGCCAUAAUUCCUGGACCAAAUGCGUCAAAAGAUCACAGAAGGAAGCUUGAGUUGUACCGCAGGCAGGUGCAGACAACUGCACAGCUUCGCAGGGAGUUUCCUAGCAUCCUGGAACAGGCUAAUGCUCUCAUGGGCAUUAAAACCAUUUCUAACCCAGCUGGAGAAAAUACAUUUUCUGAGGACAUACUGAAAAUCGAGAAAUGCGGCCCAAACGAAGAUUACCUUACUAUUAUCGACGUACCUGGCAUCUUCCGCACCACAACCGAGGGUGUCACCACUAACAAGGAUAAAGAACUUGUCAAGGAUAUGGUCAAGAGGUAUAUCAAGGACAGUCGAACCAUCGUUCUCGCCGUCCUGCCCAGCAAUGUUGAUGUCGCCACCCAGGAGAUCCUGACUCUUGCAGAAGAGGUGGAUCCGGCCGGUGACCGAACACUCGGAAUCCUGACCAAGGCCGAUCUGGUGACGGAACAAACUGCCAGACUUGCCGUGGUGAACUUGGCCGAAGGCAAACGAAAGCCCCUGAAGCUUGGUUACCAUGUGAUUACAAACCGUGGGGGCGACGACCACGGUGAAGAGGAUACCUUCGCUGCUCUCCAAGAGCGCGAGGCCAUAUUCCAAGAACGUCCCUGGGACAGCCUUCCGAAAGAUCGGAUCGGUAUAUCUUCUCUAAGGGAACGAUUAGAGGAACUACUUGGCGAGAUCACUGAUCGUGCGUUCCCUGAGCUCCGUAGCGAGACGCGACAGAAACUGGCAAAUGCCGAGAAGAAGCUCAAGGAUCUCGGCGUGCCUCGCCAAACAGAACGUGAGCAACGACAGUACCUCGUUGGCAUUUCAAGCAGCUUUCAGUCUCUGGUUCGUGCCGCGGUAAAUGCUGAUUAUUCGGCACAUCCGGCAUUCGACAGGAACGCGUUACGGCUUAUCACAGCUGUCGUCAACACAACAGAGCAAUUCAACACAGAUUUCGACAAAUUUGCUCGCAUGUACCUCUUCGAAUCAGAGAUGCAGGUUGAGUCCAUGGUUCCAGUGAAAGUGGUUGGUGGUCCGAUCACUUUCCCUGGAAGCCUUCGCUUCGGCGACGAUCCGAGCGAGAAGGAAGAUGAAGAAGACGACACCAGCAUUAUUCAAUUUGAUGCAUUUGACAUUCCUACACCUGGGGCAUUUCCUGACUUGGAUAGCAUCAUCACCACAGAUUGGUCUAUUGAACUUCCGAAACAGGGCAUCAUGGAGUGGAUUGCGGCUGUUCAUCGCCAAUCUCGUGGCCUUGACCUGGGAUCUUUCGGCCAAGGCAUUCUUCCAAGUGUUUUUCGGGAGCAAUCAGCGAAGUGGGAGAAGAUCGCGAAGCAAUACCUUAGCAAGAUUAUCCUCCUUGUUCAUCACUUCAUCCUGGCGGCACUAGAGAUCGUUUGUGCAGACACUCAGGUGUUUCAGAACGUCUCGUCUACCAUAUUAGACGAACUCUGCGCUAGAUACGAGGGUAGCAUGGAUCAGGCAACCUUGCUGGGCAACGUCGAGCGGCAGCUGAAGCCGUACACGCUGAACCAUUACUUCAACCACAACCAACAAAAGAGCUUUGGCUCUCGGAUCAUGGAAACACUGCGGCCCAAUGCUCGAACAGAACAGGGUUAUAAAAGCCCUUCCAGCCUUGUCGUCGAUCUGAGUGAUGUUGCAGACGCAGUCACGAGCAAGAGCAACACAUCACACGCCAUAGAGACCAUCCACGACACGCUCGAGGCUUACUACAAGGUAGCUUACAAGCGCUUCGUCGACAAUGUCUUCAGCCAGGCGGUUAACUACAAGUUGCUUUCUGGCCCUGAGAGCCCCCUUCGGCUGUUCUCGGAGCAAUGGGUUCUCUGCCUGGAUCCAGAGAAGCUGCUUGUUUUGGCAGGGGAGUCACGUCGGACGAGGGAGCAGAGGGAGAGACUGAAGAAGGAGAUCCAGGACUUGGAGGUUGCGAUGGAGAUCCUGCGUUGA